UUAAAUAUUUUAGUUGCAGCACCACUAGUCUUUGUAUGUGUUAUGUGUUAUGUGUUGUGUGAGUGAAUAUACUCCAUCCGGUCCUGUCUACCUGCAGUGUCUCCACCGAGACCUGGCAGCUCGCAACGUAUUAGUGACAAAAGGCCGACUGGUGAAGAUUGGUGACUUUGGUUUGGCCCGGGACAUCGACAAUGACUGCAACUACGUCGUGAGAGGAAAUGUGCGUUUACCAGUGAAGUGGAUGGCACCAGAGAGCAUCUUUCAUGGGAUGUACACCAUGAAGAGUGACGUCUGGGCCUACGGCAUCCUGCUCUGGGAGAUAUUCUCACUCGGUGUCACUCCGUAUCCCGGGAUGAAGGUGGAUCACGCGUUCUAUUCAAUGAUUGAGAGAGGAUUCAAGAUGGAGUGUCCGUACUACGCCAAUGAGUCUGUGUACGGGAUGAUGUGUAAGUGUUGGGCCCUGGAUCCCUGUGACCGUCCUACUUUCUCCAAACUGGUGUCAUUCAUGUGUGAGCAGCUGAUGGACAGAGAGGAGAAGGUGGGUCUGCAAAGCAAGCUCUACCACAACAUCCUUGACCAGACGUCCAGCGAUUACCAGAAUGCACUGACCGUAUUGGACAUUUCUGCCUCUGCAAAGCAGGAGGAGAAGAAGACGCAGUCAGUGAAUGACUACUGUCAAAUCCAAGCAGCCCAAGAGAGCAAAGCAGAAAUGUCCGACACUGUGGCAGCUCAGGAGAAACUUUUGAAGCCAUCGGAUACAGAGUGAUCGCCUCUAACUGAAUGGAAUUUGUCAAAAACUGUUUAUACAAUAUUCUUCCUCUCAUUAUAACCCCACAAGUUACAGAAGAUAGUUCUUGUCUUUGUAAAUUAAUAAAAUAUAGUGGAAUCACACAUGUUCUCAAAUAAACUGAACAUACAUUUUAAUUGUGCUUUGCAUUCAAAUUUCAGCUAAUUACCAUGAAAACAAGCUCCGAACGUAAAUACAGUAUUUGUUUUAUUCUAUCAUGUUUUAUUGUGCAGCUAAAAAUUAAAGAGACAGUUUUCAGAAAAGGAUCCUAAAUAUUCUCUUGGCAAUAAUGAAGACAUGUAAGCUAUGACUUCACAGGUUUAUAAACUGGAGUCACUGAUCAACUUUUGCUAUCAAAUUGUACUAUAUAUAUAUGUAUACAACAUGGCAACAACCCCUUGUCUUAAAAUAUUGCAAUGAUUUUGUUGUGCUCUUAUUCUUGUAUCAGCAGCUACAUGGGGUUUAAAUCCCAUUUUUGUACACAUUUAUAUUUUUACAUUUAUUGACAUGUUUUGGCAUAGU